AUGGUGUACACUCAUUCAGUUCCACGUGGACAGACAAUCAAUGGAGACUAUUACAAACAAGUUUUGGCUACAUUAAUGAAUGAUCACAUUUCUCGAAAGCGUCCAGAACUUCGAGGAAACUGGAAACUUCAUCACGACAAUGCGCGGCCUCACAUUGCACACGUUGUGACAGAAUAUUUGGCCAAACGAAACAUUAAGGUCGUGCCCCACCCACCUUAUAGUCCUGACCUUGCGCCCUGUGACUUUUUUUUGUUUCCUCCUGCAAAAAAGGAAUUAAAGGGACGUCGCUUUGAUUCGGAACAGGAUGCAGUAAAGGCUUUGGAGGUGAUCCUGAAGAACAUGUCAAAGGAUGGCUUCUCUAAAGUUUUCCAGGCAUGGCAAAGGCGCUGGUACAAGUGCAUUUCACUUAAUGGGGAAUACUUUGAAGGUGAAAAAUUUGAUGUAGAUCAGAAUUAA